CUCUGGAAUAGCCAGGCGAUGUAAGAUGGCGGUGAACAGUAGGUCUAAAAAUUUACAGGCAAUGAACAUUACGUCCUUGUUUAGUCGAAUACACGGUGCGUUUUCGGAAGCCAUGGCCCCUCCCAGGUUUGUGAUCGACCGACGGACUAUAGAGAAGACUUGGAAGCUGAUGGACAAGGUGGUGAAACUGUGCCAGCACUCGCGCAUGAACCUCAAAAACAGCCCGCCGUUCAUUCUGGACAUCCUGCCGGAUACCUACCAGCACCUACGAGUGAUCUACAGCAAGCACGAAGACAAGAUGCACCUGCUCAAUGAGAACGAGUACUUUCGGGUGUUCAUCGAGAACCUCAACCGAAAGUGCAAGCAGGCCAUCAAGCUCUUCAAGGAGGGCAAAGAGAAGAUGUUCGACGAGACCUCGCACUUCAGGAGGAACCUGACCAAGCUGAGCCUGGUCUUUAGUCAUAUGCUGUCUGAACUCAAAGCCAUCUAUCCCAACGGCAUCUUCUGUGGUGAUACCUUCAGGAUAACCAAAAGUGACGCCUCGGAGUUCUGGAAGAACGCUUUUGGAGACCGGACGGUCGUAGCGUGGCGAGUGUUUCGGCAAACGCUUCACGACGUCCACCCCAUCAGCUCAGGACUGGAGGCCAUGGCACUCAAGUCCACCAUAGACCUCACAUGCAAUGACUUUAUUUCAAAUUUCGAGUUUGAUGUGUUCACAAGGUUAUUUCAGCCCUGGUCAACACUUCUCAGAAAUUGGCAGAUUUUGGCAGUUACUCAUCCAGGCUAUGUUGCUUUCCUCACCUAUGAUGAGGUCAAAGCCAGGCUCUACAAAUACAUCAACAAGCCAGGAAGUUACGUGUUCCGACUAAGCUGUACUCGGCUGGGCCAGUGGGCUAUUGGUUACGUGACGGCUGAGGGAAACAUCCUGCAGACCAUUCCACAGAACAAGUCCCUGUGCCAGGCACUUCUCGACGGCUACAGGGAAGGAUUCUACCUGUACCCAGAUGGGCGCAAUGUGAACCCGGACCUGAGCUGGGCGGUGCAGGCCACGCCAGAGGACCACAUCAGGGUGACGCAGGAACAGUACGAGCUCUACUGUGAGAUGGGCUCCACCUUCCAGCUGUGCAAGAUCUGCGCAGAGAACGACAAGGACAUUCGCAUUGAGCCGUGUGGGCACCUCCUCUGCACGCCAUGCCUCACCUCUUGGCAGGACUCCGAGGGACAGGGCUGCCCGUUCUGCAGGGCGGAGAUCAAGGGCACGGAGCAAGUCGUGGUGGACCCCUUUGACCCGAUGGGGCGGACAGUGCGCAAGACGGACCUACAGAAUUAUAACCCCAAUAGCUUGGUUGAUUUGGAUGACGAUGAACCCUUCGAGGAUCCAAACACCUGGACUUCAUCUUUACAAGCAUUAGCCCUCUCACCACGAAGUGAAACUGCUGAUGGAAGCAGGUCUUGCAGCCGAUCACCACUUGUGUCCCCACAUUCAUCACCAAUGGUAACUCGUCGAAUAGCCAUUGCUGCACCGCCCCCUGUGCCACCCAGAAGGGCAUCACCCACGACCACACCCGGACAGUCACCAGGCACAUCACCUAGGCACCAUAUUUUAUUCAGGCCAGGCACUGAUGAAUACAUCAAUGGAGGUGCUGCAUCAAGGACAUCAAGUACUCCACAAAGCUCACCAGAAAAUUCCGGAACGAGCGUCACCUACUCCGAAGUGCAGCAGGAGGGAGGCCUCUUUGUUAGGGGCUCCGGCUGCAGCUCCGUCUCUAGCUCCGGCUCCAGCUCUGGCUCGAGCCUCGGCUCCUGCUCCGGCCUGAUGCCCAGGCCGUCGCAGUCUUUUCCUCCGACCAUCGUGACCCUGGCACCUUCGCCCCCUAACUCCAACGGGACGUGGCCAGGAAGCAGCAGCCUCCCCCCCAGGGCACCCUCACCUCUUCCCUGCUCUGCCGUGCACUACGCCGAGCUGGCAGAACUGUUUGAAGAGCCCAGCUAUGCCAACACGGAGCUUAGCCUUGGUCAUGUUACAGUUCCUGUUCCCCAGCAACCAGACUCAAGCUCCCAAGAGUCUCUGCCAUGUUCAUCGCUACCCUCCACAACAAAUGGGUCACUGAUGAACAGUCAGAAGAUAGAAAAAAGGCUGCGGACGCUAAGACCGCUGGUAACAAGCGCACUUGAGAACAAAGAGAACGACAGGGUGAGCUACGAGAACCUUCACAUGGACUACAUAUCGGAGCUCACUUCUGAGGGCUACACCCAGGACGCGGUCCUUCGGGCGCUCGGAAUCGCUCGCAACGACCUCCAGAUGGCGAGGGACAUCCUCCACGAAUUUGCGGGCAAACACAAAUGAGUGGAAGGAGCUACCGGGACCCUCGCCAAGCCGCUACGGGAACUGCAGGGUGUGCCAGAUGCGGCAGUGCAGCUCACUGUCUGCUGGAGAAACUUCUAUUUUUAAUAAGGCAAGACUCGAUCACGCUGCAAACUGUGUUGGGUGCAUACACCCGCGUGUGUUCACAUCUUGUUGUCCGAGAGAAUGCCCAAACCAAUGUUCGGUAGCUCCAGUGCUGAAAGGCAUUGUACCGGGAGUACUUUGGUCUGGUUCUCCAUCAAAAGACCCUUUACUAAAAUCUGCACCAUCUACGGUCGGUGACAGGCUAAAAAUCCAGCAGAUGCUCCUCCUCGAGCGCAAGAUUUCUGCCUUUGACAAUGCUUUUGUCGCACGUGCAGCCAAAGCUUGACGGAAGGCAACGAACAGACGUUGGAGGCGGAGCAUCUGCUGGGCCCCCAACUUGUCAGCUGAUGCUGUAAUUAUCCGUGGCCGCCAUAUCUCAGGCGUGCUCCCAGCACGUAUUGGAGAGUGCUGCAUCAGCAUUUUGGCUCCUAUUUUGUUCCAUUCAUUGCAUCAACGGGGACUUGGCUUCGGGCCUGGGCCUAACCACACGCCACAUGCUGAAGCCAGUGACUAAAACAUGUUGCGUGAUGGGGGUGUCGAAGAAACUUCGAGGAGUAUAAGACUUUCUUGAGAAAGUGAAUGAUUGCUCUCUGCCUAUAUGCCUACAUUUGGUCCUUGCAUAAAAUAGUCGUAACAUAUACGAGUACUAGAGGGACGGUCACGACACUACUUUAAAAGUGGGCAUCACGGUAUGUCCCUCCACACUAAUAGGCCUCCACUGUAGAGGCAAACUGUGAUCCCCACUUUCAAACCAGUAGUCUACAAAAUGCAAGCUAAAUAGACAUUUUAACGAGACUUUCGCCUUCCUACAUUGACUGAAGCAAAAAUAUUAUGCUUGUUUGUGCAUACUUGGGGGUUUUCACUGCUUUUAUAUGGGUACAUAGGUAUAUACACCGACUAGUUUUGCUCUUCUGAAUCCACUUUUUUCACAAACAUUUCAGAUGUCUCUGCCAGUGUUCUAGGCAUUUAUUAGGAGCGUGCACUAAAAGUACUACUGUAAGGAACAAGAGCCGUGAAAAGAUUUUUAUGAAUAAAUAGUAAUGCGAUGCAAUUAGAGUAUUUGACACACUAUUAUUAAUGAACGAGGCCUGUGCAUUAACUUUUUCACAGAGCUUACACACAGCCAAUUAUCGAUUCUACAUAAGCAAUGUAGCAAUAACGACAUUAGGAAAAUGAUCCUUCUUGGAAAAUGCAACCUGUCCAGAUAGAGUCUUUGCAUGGGUUUGUUAUCCCUGUCCCGUAUAUCACUGGGCUCUUUCUGUCGAUCGAUAUAUAACUGGCUAGGUAUCUGCAUGCUCCAUGGAAAGAUGAAUCCACAGGCAUUGUUCAUUAACCGCGUGUCGACUACUCCGGUAAAUGCAGUAUAUCUCUCGGAUAUGUGUACGAAUUGCGUCAGCAGAAAUUUCCACCUUCUGUCGGUUGCAUGAACCUUUAAUUCGGGCAAGUGUUCUGCCGACAUUCUCAACCAGUUGAUGUCAUUUGUCGGUUGAAAUGAAUAUUUUCGACGUGAUUUUAUGCACUUCAGCAUUGGAGCUCUGAUCUUGGUAUUCGUCCACUAUACCCCCAGACAACUUUCUGUAGUUAUGCAGUAACAGCUAUGGCGCAUGUGCACUUAUACAUCUUAAAGGGAAACUCUGGUAGAUAUUUUUUUUAAUUUGGAAUUACGACUGUUUUCAGCUAAGGCAGUGUCCCUGAAUCACGAGGUACGAUUUUUUUUUUCUCGAUAUUGUGUUUAGUUUUAUAAAUAUCAUGGCUCAAAAUUUGGUUUCGGGAGUCUGCGGCAAAACCGAAACUGUCUGCUAGAGGGAUGGCAGCACUGAUCAUCAGUCGUAUGCCCGCGACGUGACGUCACAAGGGUGCUGUGGUACAACCAAUUUAGCUGCAGCUUCACCGCGACGCGACGUCACAGGGGUGCUGCGCCAGUGUUCCUUGACUAAAAGCUAACCAGCUUGUCGCCCGCUAAAGAGCACCUGGUCGCAUCUCUGAAAUUGGUUUUCGUGGAGCAUGCAGCUUAACUUCGACGUAAUAUUUCGGCUGUGAUCAUAUUUCGUGACACUAAAGUGAUACCACUCAUUUACUUUGGUUUUGUUUGUGACCGGAGUUGUGCUUUAAGUGCCCAUUGAAGUGGCACAUGUGCAAUCUUCACUUCUGAAGUGCAACAGAAAUUUGUCUACGAGUAUAGUAGGCUCAGGCCAGUGCAAACAGACAGGGCGAAAUGGCACGUUUCCUUCGCCAUGCUUGGUGACGCACCAUGCUAUGGCUGGAACUUUUAUUACUUUUUUUUUCUGGGUACGAGUCAAUUCUCCCGUCGUCUUGGGAAAAUUGUUAGGUUGCAGGAGCAUACACAGUAGUAAUACUCUGUGAUAUGGGUGUAUGAUUUCUGCAGCGUGAAAAAAGAAAGACCCUUGGAAGCGUGUAUUGCUGAAAGGCCCGAUGUCACCUCCCGCUUUCCACUUUUGCUCACUUGCUCCUCUCCGACCAUUCCUUCUCUCCUCUCUUAGUUCCUUCUUCUUCUGCUGAUUUCUUUCUUCCCUCUUUCAAAACCUUUGCCAUUUUGGGGAGGAGGAAUCUAAGCACAGUUUCUUGCAGAAAGUCAGUGUGGCACGUCGGCCUUUCAGCGGGCAAGCUUGUCCAAUGUUUGCAACGUUGGUUUCAGUCGGGUUCUAUUCAGUCAAUUUCUUUUGACUGUGUACACUGAAGUUGCUGUCCUCUCACCAGGACCGUGAUAAGUCGAGAUAUCCUAAGUUAUUUCAAAGAGUUGGUUUUAUAUGAAACUGAUCAUAUUGCUUAAUUAUUUUUCUUUUGUUUUACUGAUUUUGUUCUGUAGAUAUGGUCUCAAUUGUCUGGUGUCAUAAUUUUAAAGAGUGCUGAAGUGCCACUUUAGGAAGGUCAUGGUGUUGUACAAAGUCUGUGAUGUGUGCAAAGUGCAUGGAGACAUCAGGAUUUUGUCCUUCAGUUCACUUACAGCAAGUCAGUCCCAUGAUGCAACAUGCAGGACCUUGCACUAAGAACAGCUCUGUGAGCUGCAGUUAUCUACAGUACAAAUGCUCAGUCAACCAAGCAUUCAAGCUUUCUUCAUAGCCGGUUUAGACAAAGAUAGAAAACUUUGUUAGCUGCUCUUGACUGUUCACCAUUAACAAUCCAGCCAAGGUUUUAGCAUGGUCUUGUAACUAGUACAACAAAGCUACAGGGAACUUUCUUUCUUAGAGUGAAUGUGACUGAGCAGAGAGAGUGUUUUUUUCCGAGUCCUUGCAACUCUUGAAUGUUAUGGAAAGUACAACUCUCAUCACCAUACCAUCACAACUUUCAUCUGACAUCCAAUGUCACUUUAAUAUAACCAAACAUGCAGUGUAGGUACAAUUAGUAUAUAUAUAUACAUAUAUGUAUUAUAUAUACUAUAUAUUUCCCUUUUCUGUCUGUUGUGUAUAUUAACAUUGUGUCUCUACCGAACAAAGCAGAACGCUUAGUAUUGGUAUCAUGGGCAACUCCAACGUUUCAGGAAGUUUUUGUAUUGUCCCAUCUCUGCUCCUCGUUUUGGUCAGUGGGCGUGCCUGUGGAUCUACAACAUCCACUGGCCAUUUUGUGCCCCAUUUAUGCCUUGUGAGGUAUUUUUACCGGGUGAGCUUGCAGGGUCCUUCACUUGAGAAUUUGUAAUUUGCUGUCAUCAUUUCCUUGUUGAAUUUGUGUAUAUGUUUAUAUCUGGCAAAGAUUUAGGAGAUAGAUGUCUCUUGGUAACAGUAUUAGCUCCCCAGCUCAAAUUAGGCCAAUGAUUACAUUGCAGUCUUUGCAUGCAUGUAUGCACAUUCCAUUCAGUUCCCGCAAAAAAAAAAAAAAAGAAACAAGCCACGAAACUUGUACAUCACUUCUUUUCCGAAAAACAAGGGAUAACAGCAACCAUUUCUCUAGAACGAGCGAAUCAGCCAUUCUGGCUGUAAAAAAUGCAAAUGGUUGGUAAUGUGUGCUUGGGCACUUAUUUGUUUCAACAUACAGCUUUCACAAUUUUUUCCAGAAAAGGCUUUUUUUUUUCUUCUCUUUUUUAAUAGGGGAUUACUUGUACAUGUUGUAGCUUAUUUCUAUUUAGAGUAGUGUCAGUAUUUACGGUAUUUAGUAGUUUCUAGUAUAUUUGGUGCCGACCUACCGUGCAUUGUUGCAUAUUAAAUGACACCAACCAUAAGGUUCUGAUAUUGUGCUAUAGGUAUAUAUAUGUAAGAAGAGAAUGCUUGUGAGGCUUUAUCCUCAGUUUGCCAGCUUCAUUCCUUAUCAAAUUGCCGCAAACAGACUGAAGCAUGAAUGGCACUACAAGGGGACUCAAACAAUUUGAGUUUCAUAUACACAAGUGGCACAGUGACUUGCAGUAUGAACUGCAGUACACAGUUCCUUUUAUCAGUGGCGAGUUUUGCGGUCAUGUAUGACCUUUGCUUGCCCUAACGUUUGGGAUGCUGAACAAUUUUGUUAACGAGCUAAGGUGUAAAGAUUGUUUAGUAAAUUUGUUCAAAAUUAAAACUAGUGUCUAAAAAUAAAAUUUACAACACGUAAUGGGUAACAAGAAUAAGUGACCAGAUCUAGCAAGCAGGAAUUUCUGCUGUAGAUGUACUGCAGUUCUCCAUUUGUCAUACUCAAUUUUCAGACAUCAACUCACACUGUGUCUAAAAGAUAAAACUUGAGAACAUGAUCUAAAAUGUAACAGAACAGAACAGACCGUUUCUGUGUCGUAGAAAUUCAAUGAAACAUUCACUGUUGACACAAUCAAGAAUGCCGCUGCUUCCAAGAACUACCAGUCGACAUAGCAAAUGCGGUAUUUCUGCAGUAGCCCGUUCAUCUUUCCAUCUUCGCCGCGCAUCAAUCUCCACUGUUGUGCAAUGGUGCAAGUUGAGCUUCAGGGAGAAUUUGGGAUGACUCGAUUGACUCUAAACUUUUGCCCACUCUUAUAGAUCACAACAUCCAUUGGUUGCGAGAAAAAUCAAUCCCUAAUUUUAAGAAAUAGCGAAACAAAAAGUGCCUAUAUUUGAAUAAAUAUGGCAACAAAAUUCGACACUUCCACCACUUAUAGCUACAUUUUUUGGAGGCAUAUGAGAGAUGGCUGGAGUUCAACAUGCAACAGUAAAAUACCUAUAUGAGAGAAAUUUCAGCUUGCUACGUCGAGUCACCGAUUCUUGAGGUCCAUUUUAUUACAAUGCACAUUUUUGGUCCAGUGCAGACAUAUUACAUAUAUAUUUCUGCAAGCAGAAAUUUGGCUUGCCUGGUAUCAAAUAAGUGAUGCAGUCUACCACUGUAUUUACUUGCAUGGAGCACCAUGCACACAACAUGACAAUGUUAGUGCAAACAAGUGAUUGCCGUUUUUUGCUGUUUAUCUCAAUUUGGAGGGCCAUCGCAAGAACUACUGGAAUGGUAGAAAGUUUUCACUUGGGGCACUAACCUAAGCGGUAAAAUUUGAUGCCCACCAAUACUUCUUCAAAGUAAAAUGCGAAGAAGUGCCAAUAUCGUGCUUGCGCUAACUGUGUCGUGCAAUGUACCUCAGUUCAAACAAACAAGGGGGCAGAGGGCAGUUAACUUAAUGCCAGCACACCCCAUUGCUUACUGUUUACCUUGCUGUUCACUGCAGUUUCUGGAAGAAACUUCUAAUAAAUUACUUAACUAUACAUUGCUGUACUGUACAUUUAACUGUACAUUAACUGUACAUUGCAAAAUAUUUUCCUUAUAAUUUUGGGUGCAGUCUGACUAUUCAACUUGGUAUUGCUCUUUAACGAGCUCUUAAAAGUGCACUCCUAACAACACAAUUUUUCGCUUCUAGCUAGUAUUCUACCUAAUUAUCUUCUCUACAUUUGUGCACUAACAUAAAAAAUAAAAACAAAGAGAGCAUGCAAAACUAGCGAAAACAAUUGAAAUUGAGGCUUCUGCUGAAAACUGGUGCCUGUGCAGGUGACAUCAGGCAGGAGAAUUGGAUGCAAUUUGUAUCCGUCUGCCAUGCGCCCCAGGUACUAUAGAUGGGUUGCACCGACGUCACAUCGCAUAUUUUUGAAGACCAUGUAGGAGGAGGAGAGGGAAGCUGCUUUUGUACGAAUUUUGAGUAAUGGGUUAAUCUUCUAUAAUCUUCUGGGAGAAGAAUAGCGACAUCUGUGCAAAUCCGGGAGGCACAAACGAGGAUCCUGAUAAGAGGGGAGCUCCCUCUUCCCCUCUUUUCUGGUGGUCAUCGGAGCGCUCUUUGAAUGACGUCACAUGCAACCCAUGUAAUGGAGAGAACAGUCUGUUAAUUUUUUGUUUAAUCAAUUUGUGAGGAAGGCAUCAUUUAGUAGCCUUGGAAUUUGAUCAGUAUUGAAUGGAUUGCUAUAUUUGCUUGAAAAUUGCUAUGAAAAUAAAGAUUUAAAAUCGCUUUAGUGUCCCUCUAGAUAGGUCAUCAUUUUUAGGUUGGCUUGGUUGAAUUUAAGUGGAUUACAUGCAAUACAAGUUUACCAGCCAAUUACGAGCUUGGCAAGGCCAUUACUGACAGUUUGAUGGUGAUUCUGCCUUGGGGUCAUGACGCUGUCUCUCUUUUUACGCAGUGUCUAGCGUUACGUCCGACGGAACCCGAAAUAAAAAUUAAAGUUACGUCCGACGUAAC